GCUGAAUCCACCUGAGGGGAGAAUCAGAUAGGUGAGUUUCUGCCAGAGCAGUGUCGGCGCACAGUGGGAACCACAGAAGAAGAGCGAUGGGUCAGGGCCGCUCCGCCUCCUCUCCUCAGGUAAUCCUCAUGGGCCUGGACUCUGCUGGGAAGUCCACGUUGCUGGCACACAUGCUGACUGGACAGGUGAUGGAAACGUCGCCAACCAUAGGCUUUAAUGUGGGGAUGCUGGAACUGGACAAGAAGACGUCUUUGACAGUGUGGGACGUGGGAGGACAAAAGAGUAUGAGACCAAACUGGAAGUACUACCUGGAUGACUGCAAGGCGCUGGUGUUCGUGGUGGACAGCAGUGACCGUGCUCGGAUGCAGGAAGCCCAGAAAGCUCUGAGGAGGGUCCUGAGUGACGAGAACCUGAGAGAAGUUCCUCUGAUGGUCCUCGCCAACAAGAAGGACCUGCCCAACUCCAUGACGAUCCGAGAGGUGUCCACCCAGCUGGACCUGCCCAGUUACUCGGACAGACGGUGGGAGAUCCAGGCCUGCAGCGCGCUGAGAGGACUCGGCCUCCAGCAGGCCUUCAUGUCGGUCAACAAGCUGAUCAAGAAGAGUUGAUGAAGGGCGAGCAGAUUUUUAUUUUUAUUUUUUUUUAAAGACUUUAUUGGUGCUGGUGUAGAACGAGGUUUUAAUGAGAAAUAAAGACCGUGUGGACUCGG